UCACACCCAAAAAUCCAUCAAUCACUUUAUUACAACGAAAUGCGGGACGCGUGUCCAGGCUUGGAAUCUAACCCAUAUAUGGUAAAGAAUUUGUAUGGAAAAAAGUGGUGGCCAACAUUGGGUUUGGUUUCUAUAAAUAGCAAAGAGAAACUAGGUGCUAAGAAGCAUUGAAAACAGUUUUUGUUUAGUUACCUACUUUACCACCUCUUCAAUGGCUUCUUCGAGCUUUGAAAGUUCUCCCAUGGCUUCCAACUACAAAAGCAACAAAAAAAGGCACAACAAUGGCAUCUUCCAUCCACCCACCCCAGUGGUGGUGGUGGUGGUCCCUUUCCCUGCACAGGGCCACCUGAACCAGCUCCUCCACCUCUCUCGCCUCAUCUUGGCUCACAACAUCCCUCUCCACUUCGUCGGUUCUCCCACACACAACCGCCAAGCCAUGGUUCGAGCUCAAGGUUGGGAUCCAAACUCCUUUCCCCACAUUCACAUUCACGACUUCAAUGUUCCUCCUUUUCUCUCCCCUCCCCCAAACCCCAAUGCCCCAACCAAAUUCCCCUCCCACCUUCUUCCCUCCUUUCAGGCCUCCGCAAGCCUCCGUGGACCUGUUUUCUCACUCUUGCAGUCACUCUCCCUUGUCGCCAAAAGGGUCGUCGUCAUCUACGACUCUCUCAUGGCUUCCGUGGUGCAAGAUGCCAUCCAUGUCUCCAACUGCGAGACCUACACUUUCCACAGCGUCUCCGCCUUCACCAUGUUCUUGUACUUUUGGGACGUAAUGGGGAAGCCUCCGGUGAAAAAAAUGUCCCACCUAGUCCCCGAAGUUCCCACCCUUGAAGGCUGCUUUACCACCCAGUUCCUUGAUUUCAUCACCUCUCAGUAUGUGUUUCACAAGUUCAGCAAAGGGAUCAUAUACAACACCACAAGGGCACUUGAGGGACCUUACAUGGAGCUGAUAGAGAGGAUCAUCAGCAGCAAGAACCACUGGGCUCUGGGGCCAUUCAACCCCUUGUCCAUUGAGAAGAGUGAAAAAAGGCAGCACUUUUGCAUUGAGUGGCUUGACAAACAAGAGGAAAGGUCAGUGAUGUAUGUGUCCUUUGGGACAACAACAAGCUUCUCCCAGGAACAAAUCAAUGAGGUUGCAACUGGGUUGGAGAAGAGCAAGCAAAAGUUCAUUUGGGUGUUGAGGGAUGCUGACAAGGGAGAUGUUUUCAAGCAUGGUGGUGAUGAACUUGUUCUCCCAAAGGGGUUUGAAGAGAGAGUGAAAGGCAUUGGGUUGGUGGUGAGAGAGUGGGCACCCCAAUUGGAGAUCCUUAGCCACACUUCAACUGGGGGGUUCAUGAGUCACUGUGGAUGGAACUCUUGCAUGGAGAGCAUCUCUAUGGGGGUGCCAAUAGCAGCAUGGCCUAUGCAUUCUGACCAACCUAGGAAUAGAGUUUUGGUGACUGAUGUCCUUAAGGUUGGAGUGGUGGUGAAGGAAUGGGACCACAGAGAUGAGUUGGUGACAGCAUCAGCUGUUGAGAAUGCCGUAAGAAAAUUGAUGGCAACAAAGGAGGGUAAUGAGAUGAGACAAAGGGCAAUAGACCUCAAAAAUGUCAUCCUCAAAUCCAGGGAUGAAGGAGGAGUUUCUCGGAUGGAAUUUGAUGAUUUCAUUGCUCACGUCACUCGAUAGGUGUUCUUUUCAUCCAAAUCCACUCUAUCUUACGUCUUCACACUCUUUCAUAAAUAGCAAGAAAUAAGUAUAUAUUGGGAGUAGUUGGAGCAUUUAGAAUAGAAUAAUAAUAUUUUCACAUAAACAUUUUCCUCGAAAAUAUAUAUCGUGUGAAUGCAAAGAUAGGAUUCCUACCUUUGUAUUUCCGAACUACUGUUUUCUCGUGUCUAGAUUUGUAUAGACACCGAGAUGAAUUACAUUUAUAAAAUAUCAAUAUCAGCAUGUUUGCUUUUAGUUUUA